AUGGCUACAUUAGAAAAACUAUCCAAGGCCUUAGAGACUCUCAAAACUCUUCGCAACACGAAUCAAAUCCCAGAAGAAAACUAUGCUAAGAGCAAAGAGAAAGUUAAUCUGGCCAUUUCACUAGCGGAUUUAUUAUGUUCUCCUGAAACUAGAGCAACAACUAAUUUUACUCCUCAUCUUUCAUUUGCGAUGGAAUCAUUGUUUUACCUUUGUGAUGAUUCUGACUCAAAUGUAAGAAUGGUAGCUGAUGAAUGCUUGAACAGAAUUAUUCGAACAUUAAUGGAUGGACAUGUAGGUAAGGUUAAUUUAGAAUUACAUGUAGAGAUAAAGAGGAAUAGAAAAGCAAGAUCUCUUAGAGCAGCGCUUGUAAAAUUUGCAGAAUUAGCUCACACCAUUAGACCUAACAAAAGAAAGGUAUAUAUCCAAAAUUUGGUGCCUUGUAUAUUGAAAAUAGCCCAGAGGAAAGAAGAAUUGGUCAUGGAAACACUGGCUUCAUCGCUUUCAAAAAUUUUAGUAACUCUUGGUUGUUUCAUGACAGAUAAUGAUGUUAAGGAACUUCUUCAAGUAUUUUUGAAAAAUAUAGAAAAUGAAAAUGCUGUCUUCCGACGGACUGCUGCUACUAGUAUUUUAGCUGUUUGUUUGAACUGUCAUAAAUCUCAGCUUUUUAUCGUACAUACAAUAAACACAUUAUUAGAAACUGUAAUUCCUAUAAAAGAGGACCAAAAUAUUUUCAUGAUUCUUGGCGUUUUAAAUUGUAUCAGGGGAUUGUUUGGACACUUGGAUGGAAAAAACACAGAUACAGGUCUCCGUGGUAGUUUUGGACAGAAAAGGAAGCAGAAGAAAGAACCUGUCCUUGCAAUAGAUUCCUUAAUUCAGGUAUUUGAAUUGUGCCUCCAUUUGACUCAGCAUGAAGAUCACAAUAUUGUUACUGCUGCUUUAGAAACACUGAACGAACUUCUGACGACUCCGCCAGCUCUUUUAUUACCAGUUCUCUUCAAUCAGCAGGGUCUUUCGAGAUCUCGUAUUCAUUCUUGCAAUGUUAGUUGGAAGCUGUCCACUAGAACCCUCAGUGACAUAAGUGUUGCAACAACAGUUCCUAUUUCUGAGGAUAUGUCUCUUUUUGAAUCCGAAGAUUUCUCAUUACAUCAAGAAGAUUUAGGAACUUGGUUCAACGACGGUUCUAACACUGAAAGUCAACUCAACCAUCUAGUUUUAGACAAAGAUAGACCUGCUAGUGUUUCUGCUGAUGCUUUUCAAGAUUAUCCUGAUGGAGAUUCUGUAAUGAGUGAUGAAUUGGGUUCCCUUACAAAGUCUCUUCCAUUCCAAUCAUCUGAACCUGAUAUUUAUCUUGCCCGGGAAUCGCCUUCACCUCCUUUAAAUUCAAUUCAACCUAUGACCUGGGAUAUCGGGGAGUUGACGGACGGAAGCCAGUCUCCUUUGCUGUUCACUGCUAGGAGGCUUGUUACCCGCUUCCUGAUCCCCGAGUGUGGUAAUUCUAGAGUCUCGGUGCGAUCCCUCGCUCUCAUGUGCCUUAGUCAAGUUCUCAGGCUGCAACCAUCUGUCUUCUUUGAGCCUGUCGACAAGAAUGGUCUUUCCACUCCGAAAGGAUUUUCACAUAUCUGUGAUGUAAUAUGUUUUGCCGAAGAUUCCGACCAGCAGUUGAGAGGGCAUUGCCGGUUAUUGAUUGCUCAUUUGAUACAGUCCCUAUUUAAUCAGGCACUGUUUGAGACCCAUUUUGAGGAAAAGCUUGACAAAGUUGUUUCAAUAGAGAAGCUGAUGGAUAUUAUGUUGAAUGGUAUUCAAGAUGAAUCUUCUGUCUGCGUUCGACAUUCCCUAAUGGCUUUAUUAUUAUGCUUACCUGUUAUAAUGGAAAGCUCUUAUUACGCAUUAGUUACUCCUAUUUUAAAUAAACUUUUAGCUGUCACCCAAAAUCCAUAUUGGCUUGUCAAGGUACAUCUCAUUGAGUUGUUCUGCUCGUUACCUUACCAAUGUGUUUAUUUUAUGACAGGAAACACGAUCUAUCAAUCCAAAGUAUUUGAUAUUUUAAUUGGAGAUUUCCUUUCUGAUGAAGAUAACCGUGUAAGAAAAACGGCAUGUGAAGGAAUAAUGAAGAUCGUAAAAAAUCUAUACUAUCCAGUAGAUUACGGAACAGAUGACGUUGUCGUCGCCCGUGGUGUUGAAUUAGUUUCUAUGAUGUUCUCUGACAUUUUAAUUAGAGGUAGAAAAAAGCCUCUGUUUGGGACCGUUAUUGAGGAAAACACUCUCUCAAGAGUAGUAGAUGUAUUAGUUGAAACUUUGAUGGCUUCUUCGUCUAAAAAUCUAUCAUAUGGAUGUAUUGAGGCUCUUUGCAACUUAUCAGAAGAAUAUGAGCCCUCUUUGUAUCCAGAUUCAUGGCAGUGUCGGGACAAUUCAACUGAAAAAGAGCCCACCUCUGCAGGCGGUGUUUUUUCUCUCAUUGUAACCCUUCUCACGAAUUCCUAUAUUUCUCUUGAUUUAGAAUGCCAUCAGUGGCUCUUGAAAUUGGCUUCCAAUCUGUUUAAAGGUCUUUUGCAUCACCAUUUGAAGCAGCGGAAUGAUCAGUUGGCAGAAAAGUCAAGGCUGAUGGCUUCUAUAGAUGAACUCUUGAUCCAUUUAAUGAGACUGAUGAGUAUAUUUGUAAAUGUAGUAGAAGAUAAUGUUCAACCACGUAAUUUGUUAUCGUCACCUCUCAAAAAAAGGCAGCCUCCAAGACCAAACUCUCCUUCAAAAAUUCCACUUCUUCCUGUAGAAAAAGAAAGUGAAAAAGAUGAAAAAAUACGAGUGAUUGGAUUCUAUGGAAAUACCCCUCAAUGUUUAAAGUUGUAUGAAAUAAUACGUUCUGGCUAUACGAACUAUAAGUUGACACUAGAUAGAGUGGCAAGUAAAAAAUUUUUGUCACUGAUCAGUCAUACCCUCGGCUGCUUGGAAGUAAUGCUGACUCCUAACAAUAUUAUCGAUUCAGAAAAAAUGUUCGAAGAACUUCUUCAAUAUCUGAGGGUAACGUUUAUUCUCGAUUCUGAAGCGACUGUCAAGGUGGUUCAUGAGUUGCUGAGAAGUUUAUUCGAAAUGAAUCUUCUUGGAAUUCAAAUGUCGAAUCUCCUUGAAAUUCAAUCAUCCCAUUUAUCUUUGCCUAACGGUUACUAUGAAAACAUUUUUAAUAAUCCAUUAAAACAAUUAUCAGAAUUGCUUCAUUCUCCUGGUGCUGUUUCGACUGAAGGUGGAACAGCCAAUGAGAAGGUGAAACCUCAUACAGCAUGUGACAGAGCUGUACUUGCAUCAAGAAUCAAACUUUUUGAAGGGAUAGUUAUACAGUCUUUAAAGGAGUACACAAUUACAUGUAAUGUGAAACUUCAGGCCCAAGUAUUAAGGUUGUUGACAUUAUUAGUUCAAUUGAAAGUAAAUUACUGUCUCUUAGAUUCGGACCAAAUAUUUAUUGACUUUGUAUUGAAACAAUUUGAAUUUUUAGAAGCCGGGCAAAUACAUGAUGCUGAGUUCUUAAUUCCAACUAUAUUUCAGUUCUUAGUUCAUUUGUCAAAUGAAAAAAAUCAUUCAAAGCCAGUCAUUAGUAUACCCAAAAUAAUUCAGCUUUGUGAUGGUUUGAUGGCGAGCGGUCAGAAUCCAGUGACACAUUGUAUACCUGCACUUUUGCCUGUUGUUGAACAUGUUUUUUUUAAAAGUACAAAUGUAACCGACCCGAAAGACUUGGAAACACAGAAGGAAGUUUUACUUGUUAUGUUGCUUCGUCUUGCAGAAUACCCACAGGUAUUAGACACAAUUCACAAUCUGUUAAAAGAUGGAAAGAAGGAUGAAGAACACUGGUCGAAGUGGUAUAAGCAGACGAUGGAUGCCAUAUUUCCACUCCUGUCGGAAGGAAGGCUCUUGGUUACUAAUAUCAGCUCUCUUCAUUCCUUGUUUUGUCUCAAUAAGUCAUUUGUCGCCCCGCUUAGUAAUGUUCUUACACUCCUUUUCACUCCGCAGCAAGAAGCACAGACAUUUACCCAGUGGUUAGGAAUGGUGACAGUUUGUUUGCUAUCGCUGUGUAUGCAUCAAGAAGAGGAAGUUCUCCUCCAGUUGGAGCAGAUGAACUUAUAUGUCAGAGAAGAAGGUGACGAUCCUCUCAAAGUUAAUACUGUUAGUAAAACACUGCCUCCGCAAUCUCUACUGGCCAAGCUUCUGUUUAGGAUAACUGUGACCUCUGUACUGAAACUGAAGAGUUUGAUUCAGUGCCAAUUAAAAGACGAAAACGUUUCUGAAUUGGAAAAGGCAUUUUCAAGUUUUCUACUGUGUUGUGCAUUCAUGUUUAAGCCUGACAAUUUCUGCAAAGUUUCAAACUCUUUGUCAAUCUUGCUAAGUGACAGCGCAGAUCUUCCUAGUAUCAUUAGUUCCUUUGAACUUGUAAUGCAUCGAUGUCAGCUUCCGGUCUUGCUCUGGGCUCAGGUGAUGGUUCUAUUGCACCAUUCUGAUAGAAGUUCCUGGCACUCGUUCAUGUCUUUGAAUAAAGUGUCUGAAAGUUUUAAACCUAAAUGUUCUCUAAAUCAGGAAUUAAUAAGACGAGGUACUAUUAUGUUGUACGCAGACUACUUGUCGACAAGAAUGAAAGAUACUAAAUCAUUGCAAUGGUUUUUAUCUGGCUAUAUCGAAGAUGUAAUUUGGCAUUGUCACGAGCUUCCUGUAGAAAAACUCUUGUCGAUAAUUUGCACGAUGGACUUGAAUAGUAAAAUUCUUCUAGAUUCUAUCUCGAAAUGUAUCAAUAUAAUGGAACCUGUUCGUAUUUAUCGAUUAUUGCAUACAUUGGAGUACAUUAAUCCAGUUUAUUCUGGUGCAGUUUUAAAACUGGUCUCUCUUUCUUUAAUCAAAUAUAAAAAUAUUGCUAUUGCAAGAUUAGCUGCAGCCUUUUGUUCUAGAACCAUCGAGUUGAUUUUAACUCUAUCAAAUGUAACUACUUUGAAAGAUCAGUUAACAGAAGACGAGUUGAAAUUCAUUUUUCAGAGUUUAUCGAGCCACCAAAAACUCUGUAAGAGGCAUAGUGGUUUGAUUAGCUUAUUAAAUAAACUUGGAAAGCAAUGCUACAAUAUUUCUCUUACCGAGUCCGAUGAUUCUGUUCAGGCUAUAUCUCCGGAACUGAUUAAAUCUAUAAAGUUAGAUAAGUCAUGGUUUUUCAAUCUAGUUAAAGAAAAAUGCUGUAGUCCAUUGGAAGGAGACACUCAUAGAUGUGCUUACUUAUUAAGUAAAUUGGAAUCGAAUGAUUUAGAAAAAGUCAUGUCUUUAAAUGAAUUCAAUAUGGACAUCCUUAAACAUUGUUUCUCUUCUGGCUCCACUCCAUCGGACCAGGUUUCAGAUGAAUUUGGAUCCGUGCUUCAGUCAAGUCCUUUGCAUAAUACUGCUAAGAAAAUUCUACUCAAACUGAUAAGAAACAUUUGCCAGACUCUUCCAUCCAGCUAUCAAGUAUUUGAUCCCGAAAAAACACCCAACCACGAUCUUUUCAAGUUCUUACAGUCUGAGAAAUCUAUGAAAACUUUCUACUCUCUAGUACCCGCUGUUACAAAUUUAUUAUUCAAUUCAAAGGAAAUUUCAGUUGAUUUUGGAAACUUAUUUGGUAAAGAUGACAUCGCAAGUUUAUCAAGAUUUGGUGUUCUCUGUAUUGAAGUGAUAAAUUGGAUUUUAAUUGAAGAAAAAAAGAAAAACAUCAAACAUUGUCCGAGCAAGUUGCAGGCACUUUUAAAAUGUUCGUCUUACAUUUUCAAGACAGAUGUUCUGUCAGCUUCGCUAUCGCUUGAACAGAUAUCUUCCAUUUGCUGUGCUUUAUUGAAUAUCUUCCAGUUUAUAUUAGGCGAAGAUAUAGUUCUGAAAGAACAUGUCCCUCCAACAAAUGAUGGUAAUUUGAGUGAAGAUGUACCAGCAAUAGCAAAAACUGCUAUUCAAAUGGUUUCAAUGAUAACGUUAAUAGAAAAAAAUCCUCCGAACAUCCCAUGGUGCAUAUUUAAGAAUGCAAGAUCAAUAAUAAUAUCACUUGGACGAGAAGCCAAAUUGAAUUGGUUGUGUAGAAUACCCGUUGAGGCAUGGCGCCCUCCGUUAGACUGCCCAACACCUCCUACACUUCCACCAAUGUUACUGCAUGAUACAGACAUUUUAAGUCAAAUAGUGUCAAGGAUUCGAUUUUUGGGUUGGAGAGGAAAAUUUCAGUUUGAAGAGUCUUGGGUUUGCCUUCUUGGUGCUUUAACUCCCAAUCCAGAUUUUGAAGAUAUCGAUCAAGAGGAAAUAGAUGCGAUGAUGCAGGCUAAAAGCCUCGCCAUUGAUGGGAUAACCUGGCUUGCAAUUAGUACAUUGAGCGAGCAUUCUCAUUCAGUCGACGACACCAAGUACCUCCAUGUUCCUAGGCAUAGUAAUGAAAGAUUAUAUACCCUCAAGCGUUGGAAAAGACUCUCGAAAAUGAAUGAUCUUCUUUGUAAAAAGUUAAAAAAUAUUUCUGGAAAUGAUGGAAUAGACCUUUUAAGAAUAGAUGAAAGGCCGAAUUUGGAGAGGGCAAAUAAUUUAAAUAGGUAUGGAUUUGCACAAUUUUCAGUGCCUUAUUUGGAAGCUCAGAUAAAAUAUGGUGAAGAAGGAAGUGUAGAAAAUGAUUCUCUGAACAUUGAUAGUGGCUAUCGGAAAUAUUUGACUAAAUAUGGAAUUGAUAUCCGUUCGUGUAUUCAAUUUAUUCUGGAUUUAUUUCCGCAAUGGAUUCUCCCUGGUAUUGAAAUUUCACUAAAUCUACAGUUUUCUAUGAUAAAAGCUGUUCUCUGCAUUUCGGACAUGUUUACUGAAAGGAGUCAUUUCGAAUGGAUGUUAGAAACUUUCCUCGAGUUAGCGAAAAACCAAUCUGUUCAGGAUGAGAUCAUCCUUCAGUAUCUGGUGAUCGGAAUCGCAAAGUCCUGCGCUGUCCUUAGUUUUUUCGAUGGGGAGGUUAGUGAUAAGAUAUUGAAGAUUAUUGAAUCAGCACUGAAGAGUCAGUCUCUACCGUUGGCUGAAGCAGGUCUUCAUGGGCUUCUCUACCUUUUGCAAGGUGUUAAAAAUAUUGAAAAACCUGUCGACAACAUUGAAAUGCCAAAACUAAGACCACAAGAGUUCCGCCAGAGGAUACUCCAAUAUAGCAUAGAGUUCAUUCAGAAAAAAUUCAACAGUGAAUUAGAUCUGAAUGAAAAUAUGUCUUUACUCCUUAUCGCAUUAAUCUUUUACAUUCUGGAAUAUUAUCCUGAAGAAGUAGCGGACAAACAGGAGUUGAUAAAACUCUUGAUUGACUUAGCAAAAACUACAAUCGAUAACACAUUAUACCAGACUAUUCUGCAGGGUUUUGAAAGGCUUGUGUUAUUAGGUGAUGGAACUUUCAAUGAGCAAAUUACAAGAUUAGCUCUGAAUCGAUAUUCGAAAUCCGAUCCGAAAGUAACAAUUCCUGCGUUUCAACUACUUUUAGCUUGUAUUUAUGCUAAUGGAAACAAAAGUAGUGGUGAUGAUAAUGAUGACAAUCAGCAGAUUGAACUAAUGGAGAAAGUUACCAUUUUAUUCGAUAGAAUAAAGAAAGGUUAUCCUGUCGAAGUUGAAAUUGUUUGUGAUGUAUUACCUGGAAUCCUCGCAGAUUUCUUUUCUGCUUCGGACAUCCUUACUAAAGUCAUCGGUGAAUUCUUGUCACCGAACCAACCGCACAAAGCAAACAUGGCUGCUAUGGUCUUUCAGGUAUUUUCUCAAGCAUGUUCAGAACAGCAGUUGUCGUUGCUACAAGAUUGGGUUGUGUAUUCAUUAGGCAACCUGACCCAUAAUAUACCAAAGAUGAUGGCUGCCUGGUCUUUAUGCUGUUUUUUCAUAAGUGCUUCGACAAACCCUUGGCUCAAAGCAAUUUUGCCAAUCGUUCAAUACAGGAUGAGACAGUGUGAGUAUGAAGACAGACAAAUACUGUGCCUAGCCACCGUUGAUUUUUACCAACAGCUUAAUUCAGGACAGCAAAAGAAUUUCGUCCAGUCGUUGAAGACAAUAGGUUCUAGUCAAGCUAGUCCAUUUUUCGACUUGUUAUCAUGCCUAUAA